AUGAAAGGCCAACCUCUCCCCGAGGCGACAGCCUCUCUAUUCACCGCCAACCCACCACGUACUCCUAUUGGUCCCGGCACCGGGCCAACUCCUCUUCCAAUGCGUUCUAUCCGACCGCCUUCGGCAGAACCGCCCAAAAAAGUAGCCAAGUUUGCUGCUCCCCGCGGUGAGGGCACCGCAAAGAUGUCGAAGGAAGCUCAACUCUCCAUUGCGGAGCGUGACUUCAUUCUUGAGGCCCUUCGUGAGAACGUCCGGGUUGAUGGCCGCCAACCUAAUGAGUUCCGUCCUGUGGACAUAUCGUUCGGUGAAGAGUAUGGCCAUGUGAAGCUGCAGCUUGGCAAGACAAGCCUGGUUGUUCGCAUUUCCGCUGAAGUUACCAAGCCCCGCGACGAGCGUCCCUUUGAUGGACUGUUCAACAUCAACCUGGAACUGACUUCCAUGGGCUCCCCCGCCUGGGAGAAUGGACGCUCCAAUGACCUUGAGGCAUCUGCCACCAACACCCUCGACCGCGUCAUUCGUCACUCUAACGCUCUCGACACCGAGUCUCUCUGCAUCAUCAAAGGCGUCAGCUGCUGGAGCAUCCGUGCCGAUGUGCAUGUGCUUGACUACGAUGGAAACCUUACCGAUGCAGCCUGCAUUGCCAUCAUGACUGGACUGCAACACUUCCGCCGGCCGGAUGCUGUGGUCAAGGAUGGCCGGGUCAUCGUCUACGGAGUUGAGGAGCGUGUGCCUGUCGCGCUCAACAUCACCCACAAGCCUCUUUCCAUCACUUUCCACACCUUCAACGAAAGCAAGAAUGUCAUCAUGGACGCUAGCCUCAAGGAGGAGCAAGCGUCUGAGGGAGACCUCAUUAUUGGCCUCAAUAGUGCUGGUGAACUUUGCUACGUGUCCAAGAUGGAAGGUGGCCCGGUUGACCCUAUGCUUAUUGUCAAUCAGGUCAGUAAGGCUUGGGAGAAGGCUAAGGAGCUCAAUAUCGUGAUCGAGAGCGUUCUUCGCGCUGAUCUGACCAAGCGGGCUAAAGCUGGCAUGGCUGAUGAGUCGCGCGCUGAGAACGACCGGUUGAUGGCAACCGAAUGA